GUUGUCGAGUGCUAAAGAUGGCGGAUUUCCUGCCGUCCCGCUCCCUGCUGUCCGCUUGUUUUCCGAACUGCGUCCUCUCGCAGCGAGAGGCCGAGCAGCUCCGCAAGAGCAAGCAGAUCGACGAGGUCAUCUCCCGGGAUAAGACCUAUGUCCGGCGGCUGGUGAAAAUCCUGCUGCUCGGGGCCGGCGAGAGCGGCAAAAGCACUUUCCUGAAGCAGAUGCGAAUUAUUCACGGGCAGGACUUCGACCAGAAGGCCAAGGAGGAGUUCAGGGGAACCAUCUACAGUAACGUGCUGAAGGGAAUCCGCGUCCUGGUGGACGCCAGGGAGAAGCUCCGCAUCCCGUGGGGGGACCCGGGCAACCAGCAGAACGGCGAGCUGGUCAUGAGUUUCGACACCAAGGCGUUGACCGGGGCUGGGGCAGGCCUCAUGGAGACGCGGGUUUUCCUGAACUACUUGUCGGCCAUUAGAGCGCUGUGGGCGGACAGCGGCAUCCAGAAUGCUUACGACCGACGCCGGGAGUUUCAGCUGGGAGAAUCUGUGAAAUAUUUCCUGGACAAUUUGGAAAGAAUAGGGGACCCGAAUUAUCUUCCAACACAGCAGGAUAUUUUAUUAGCAAGAAGACCCACUAAAGGAAUACACGAAUACGACUUUGAAAUAAAAAAUGUUCCCUUCAAGAUGGUGGAUGUGGGAGGUCAACGAUCAGAACGAAGACGUUGGUUUGAGUGCUUUGAUGGUGUAACUUCCAUUCUCUUCCUGGUGUCAUCGAGUGAAUUUGACCAGGUGCUCAUGGAGGAUCGGCAAACGAAUCGCCUGAGUGAAUCGCUAAACAUCUUCGAGACGAUAGUCAACAACCGGGUGUUUAGCAAUGUCUCCAUUAUCCUUUUUCUUAAUAAGACAGACUUGCUGGAGGAGAAAGUUAAAACUGUCAACAUCAAAGACUACUUCCCUGAAUAUGAGGGAAAUCCCCAUGAGCUUUCAGAUGUCCAACAAUUCCUCGUGCAGUGCUUUCGCAACAAGCGUCGGGACCAGCAGCCGAAACCGCUAUACCACCACUUCACCACUGCCAUUAACACCGAAAACAUUCGCCUGGUGUUCCGUGAUGUCAAGGACACUAUCCUCCAUGACAACCUUAAACAGCUGAUGCUGCAGUGACGUCCACUUAGACUUCAUUCCUUUACUUUCAUUUCUGGCACUGACAGCAGCUUGCAACAAGCAGGAGUUAAGGUUAUACAAUACCUUCAGACCUUGUGAGGAAGCUGCUGUGAACUGCUCAACUUGGGUUAAUGCCAAAUUUAUUUUCCAAACUGGCCUUUUAAAUGCUUUACACCCAUUUGGGGUUUACUGAAGAUGUCCUAAUCAAGUGUACACUUGGUCCAGAACGUUUAUGAUCUUGUAACUUCAAGUAAUGAAGCUGUGUGGAAUAAAAAUCUCAAGAUGAUGCAAAGCUGUGGUCUUCAGCAAGGGGAAUGCGUUUAAUUGACAUCUACACCUUUCCUCAAGUGAAAAGGGCUGUAAUACAGCAAAAGCCAUUAUUCCAAAUGUUACCAAAGGUUUGCAGUGCAUGUGGCCUUAAAUAAUUUCUUUGGAGUGAAAUUAUGCUUUUAACACAAUUGUUUUUAAAACCUUGUCAAUUAAUAUGUUUUUAAGUUUUGUUGGUUUAAUACUAAUAGGUGGAUUGAUCAAAAAGUAGUGGUACAUACAGUAAUCUCAGACAUUAACUUGAUGGCAUGUGAAAAAAAAACUCUUGACCAAUAUUAAGGCCCCUCAAUGUAAAUUUCAGUGGGAGGUCUGCAGAGUAACAGUAUUUACACACAAUAAUAUAAUGUUUACAUUUUGUUCUAGUAAAAUGUACAUAGCUUGAUUACCAAAUUUCAUAAAGUUUCUUCAUAAUUUGGGGUAUGGAGCUGCGUAAAAUGUUUGAUCCAUUCAUAAUUACCUAUAGUACCUACUCAUUUUGGUCAUAACUAGUAGUAGUAAACCAAUAUUCAGUUUUGUUGUACAAUGCUAUUGUAAAUUUACUAAAAUCUAGUUAAAAGGUGUGCAUUAUUUGGUCGCAUGUCACAAAUCUAAAACAAAACACAAAUCUCUAAAACAUCAGAGUUCAACAAAAUGUUGAAGCGUAAUUAAAGAGGUGUGUCAUACGUAAAUAAAAUAAUCAUUAACCUUAAUUGAACUGUUAAACUUCUAGCAGUGAGUUAUUGUUGAAUAAUUAAUUGUGGUUUAAGAGUUUGAUAAUGCUCUGUGCCUGAAUUCAUUCGUAUUUAACAAGUAGUUAAUCGCCUUACGGUUAGUUUUGCCUUUUUUGCAAGGUGAGAUGUUGAAAAUUAGCUUUCAUUAUUUCUGAAAAUUGCAAUAUGCCCAAAACACACAUUUUGCCAUGCUGAUCAUAAGAUGCCUUGCUUAUUUUAAAAAUGAUUACUUUUAGAAAUGGUAAGUCUUAUUGUGGUCAGGUUUUAGAAUUCACUAAUGUUUGUGCGAACCCCCCUUUUUAAGUUGAUCAUAAUUAAAAGCUCUUACUAAAUCUGUAGCAAAGUAAACCAACAUUACAGUAGCAAAAUCCAGUAUAUCGUACAAAGAAUUUGCCCUUUUGAGCUGCUAUGGGUUGAUGAUUUUGGUUUAAUGUGGUAAUAAACGUUUAAACUUAACUGAAGUUUGAUGUGGAUAGGAGAAGAAAACCGAGGAAACAAGAGCUUUGUGGGUUUGCUGAGCAGCAAAAUACUAAUUUGACAGUGCUGCAGCCAUUAGAUUUAGUUUUAAUCUUUUUCCCUAAAUCUUUCAGAGCCUUUUAAAUAACAUUGUGUUCAUCAGACAACAGUAAAUUCUAACCCUGACUUACCUACAGUGUCACUUCGUUGACAAAUUGCUUUGUUGAAUAUCAGGUUGCCACCCUGUGCCAGUUUGUAUAAUAAUGUUGCUUAAGUACCUCAAACUGAAAUUAAAUUUGUAGUUACAGACUGAGUUUUAAAUGUUUUUAAAACAUUCUUAAAAUGCUGUGUUUACUGUUAAAAGCUGUUUUUUUCUGCACACAGCAUACUUUUUUUUAAUGUAACAGUGACAUUUACUCUGCUAUCGGUUGCACCCAGGUCUGAUAUCCUUUCUGUGCUUAUUAAUCUUGGGUUGGAAACAAGUACUUUUGAUGACUAUAAGCUCUCUGAGAUUCAUAUUUAACCAUUUUGACAAGUAACUUUUAAUACCCAAAAUAAAAAUGUGCUGUUCAAUCUGGGAAUUUAGUGUUUGGACUUUAGUCAGAGUUGAGUCACUUUGGCUGUCGGUUGUAUGAGAAACAAAAGAGGAAGCUUGUGGCUUACUUGGUGGGCUCUAGAACCCAAAGGAAGCCCCUGUACCACAAUAUCCCCUUUCCAAUAGCCUGUUGAAAUUCAGAUUUUGUAUCAAUAUGAAAGUAAUGGAUGUGACUCAGAGGAAGAACUGUGGAAACAUUUCUUGAUGAUCGAUCAAAUUCCACCAAGAAGGAAGUAAUUCAUUAUUUAUAGAUGUUCAGUACAUACUAAAAGCAAUAUGUCCCCAUAAAUGCCCCUGAGGGUGGAAAUCUGGAUGUCUUCGGGCAGUUAAUUUCUGGAAGAUUUUUUUUAGCAAGAACUAGGAUAUCUUUGAUGACCCUAAUUCUUUAAAACAGAUUUCCAAAGCAAAGACUCACAGUAAUACAUACACAACUUAGUGUAAGGUUCUAUGAAGUGCUAUGCUUUUGAAGACUGACUGAAACUGCAGUAAUUAUUAUUACCGUCUUUGUCAAACCCUGUAUUUUGCCAUAUGUUUAAGUACUUUGUCAACUACGCAGAAACAUUUUAUGCUGAGAAGUACAUCAUAGCCUUAAUUUUCACUUCAUUUACUCCAAACCUGAGGGAAGAAACUGGAAAUAAUACUGAAGUUUAUCUAAUCUGAUAUAAUUGGAUGCAGCAUUCACACUUCCUCAAGUCGACUAAAAGCUUAUUUGUACCAUUAACCCAGCAUUGCAAAGCUAAAAUUAACUGAACAAAUAGUAUGUUGCAAUACUGAACACAAUACUAGAUUCACCUAGCUUUCUAAAGAAACUGGUCUAAGAUAGGUACUGUACUGUUCAAGUGAAUAUUCUAUUUUCUUAUCGCUUCUAAAAGCGUAGACUUGUACAGUACUGGCAUCUUGGCCAAGUGACCAUUCUUAUGUGACCCUGGACAAUAAAUAUGCUAGGCCUCGAACACAAAGGAGGAACUAGGAAAUAAACCAUUUAUUUCCUUUGCACAACUCCCCCCUUCCCCCUCUCUCACACAGAUACACACACAAAUGGGAGCUUUGAAACUAAUUGUAGAACCCCAAGUUGUGAUUGCUUAGCACUAGGAAUUAAACCCAGGACCUUGCUCUACAUGAUAAACCACCCACUGACUUAUUUUCAUUUUGACUGAGGCAAAUUUUGCUGCAAAAGCAUAACUACCAUUAAUUACUAAUGUUUAUACGAAGUCCUUAAUUUGUUUUAGUUCUGCACAUAAUCGUCUGAAAAUUUCAAGACAAUCAACCAUUCAUUCUUUAUAAAUUCAUUUUCAACUCCAUUAUUCUAAAUACAUUGGUCUCUAGAGAAACAUUAUCCAAUUUAUUAAAACACAUACCAGUCUUUAGUUAAUGUCAUCACAUCACUAAAUUGGUUUCAUAUAUUCAUUCCUCGUUUAAAAAAAACUGAACGUUUAUAAAUUUUAAAAUAUUACAUCCAGACGCUUGUACCAUUUGGUAAUUAUCUGGACUUUAAUCAAAUGGCAACCUGCAUUAAUGACUAUUUUUGUGCAUUAAUAACUUUUUAUGCAAACUUGGUUGAUUUUUUGUUUUUAUACAAAUAAUUUGGAAAGGGAUUAAUGCCUUUUCAGUAACUUAAUAUUUUGUAGCUCCCAUUUGUAUUUAGAUGAAGAGCAAUAGAAUGCAGGCUAUCAGAAGUUACAGGAAAAGGACAUUUGUUGGAGGAAAGAAAAAACUUGCAAUUUUAUAGCAUCUUAUCACACAUCUCAAACCUCUUCACAGUAAUCACUGCCAAGUGUGGUGGGUAUUUAUGGAAAACAAAGGUGAAACCAUUUUGCACACGAGGUACCACAGAGCUUUGAGGUUAAAAACAAAUGGAUAUGUUGGCCAAAUUCUUAAUGCACCAGUACAUGUGAAAUAUAUAAACCCACAACAGCCAUAAACCUGUAGACUAAUUGGCAUCAAAAUUUCAGCAAUUCAACCAAUGCAUAAGAUAAGUUUCACACUCUUAAGUUUUUUGGGGGGAGGGGGAACCCAACAGUUCAAUGUAUACUUUCAGGACAAUAAUCUCAGUAUAUUGAAUCAAAAAUUGCAGAAUUGACAAUUCUUCAGAACCAUAAAAAGGGUUUGUAGAUGAAGGUGGUCACUUGGACUUUUGGAUAUUAAUUUUCCAUGUUGGAUCACCUGAAUUACAAGAUGUGUAUCAGGAACAUUCUUUUGAGAGACAUUUCUUUUCUUAGUGUUCAGUAUUAAAAGCUCCUUGUACAAUGUACUUUAUGGGUGGCCAAGUAUAACUUUUGAUUAAUAUGAAUGUGAUUUAAAGAACAUCAGCUCCAAAUAUUUUAAACUGAUUUUUUUUAACAAAACGGUAUUAAAAUCUAAAACAAAUGGUUAAGAUGAGCACAAAGGAAAUUAAUUAGUACACUUUAUGUUUCAAAAUAACUAUGUUAGAUCAUUUGUAAAAAUUACAAAAAGUCAGACAGCAAUUUUAAGUUUGGCAACUGGCCCAGUAAUAGAAGCCUUUCUAAUCUUGUUUAUUGCAUACAUCGUGUAUUUCAUACUGUAUCCCAUCUGCCUCAGCUUCACCAUAUUAGCUGCAGUAACAUGGUUCCAGUGAGCACUGAAUGAAAAUAGUCUGGUGCAAAUAUAGCUGUAUACUUCAUGAAUUGACAUCAAGCCAUUACACCAAAAUCAGUUUCUUUACUCCAAAAGCAGUGCACACAAGCAGUAAAAGGCUGCUGAAAGAUUUUUUUUGCAGUAGGUGCUUGUAUGGUUAAAAUGUCUCUGAAAAUUGCAAGACUUCAGAAACUUAAAAGCACCUGUAAGACAAGUUGAAGUACCUGUAUAAAUGAUUUACAUCAGCCUGGUUAAGUGCUUGCCUUUUCCUAGUUAAUAAUCUUAGACUUUAUUUGAAUUGAAAGUAACUCCACAACUGAUAUACAUUGAUGUAUUAUCCAACACAGGGAUUAAUUCAACAAUUAUGGUUCAGAAGCAGCAAAUCUAGUUAAAUUGCUUUUGCCAUGAAUAUCACCAUUGUUCUUUUUUUUAAAAGUAUCUUUGUAUAUGAAAUUUCUUUAGUUCAGUUUAUAAUGAUGUACCUUGGAAUUUGGGGGAAUUGGAUUUUUAACCUGUUGCAUCGUUUUACUUCUUAUUUUGUUGUACAUUUUCUUUUCAGGAUUAGCAGUAAAUUAUUCAGAUUUGAAUGCCAAGAAUAACUUUGCUUGUUUUGGUUUAAUGCUUUAGUUACUAAUAGUGAUGCUUUUCUAUAAUACUGUAAUUGUAUAUUGCUCUGUACAUACAAUGCAACAUGUUUGUUUUUGCAGCCAUUAAUAAAUGCCUUGUAUAAACUUACUGACGUGUAUUAAAACACAUUUACAACCUAUGCUUAGUCAGUUGUAACCACUUUAUUAUGCAGAUGGAUUAAAUCUCAACUGCAGCACAAA